GUCGACACUAAUUUAUGAUAAACUUUCGGAAGUGAUAUUACUUAGGUUACUAUUCAAUUGAAACGGAAAGUCAUACUUUUGACCAAACAGCAUGCUAUAUCCGAUUUGUUGUUUGGUAACGGUAGGCUACUUGUAGCCAGAUGUGGUCAGAACUUAAAUUGCAAUGAAUAAAUAUUAACAUCAACAGGUUGUUAUGUGAUAGGCUAGAAUACGCGCCUAAUCUUAAUUGGCUGGGUAUGCUAUGAAAUGCUUAGUCAUUCUUCGUCAUCGUUCUAUAAUCGUCAUUUGAAUAUUCCGAAUUCUCCGCAUUCUGUGUUAACUUGCAUAUCUAGAUAGGGCAACAAUGGGUGGCAGGCUAUCGGUAGAUCCAGAUACACACGUCGUAGUGGUUGGUGGCGGUUUUGGUGGUACAGCAGCCGCUCAGCAACUUAAAUCCUAUGGCAUCAAAUUUACACUCAUCGACAUGCGGGACGCUUUUCAUCACAACCCGGCUGCACUGCGCGCCGCAGUUCAAAGUGGCUUUGCCAAAAGGACCUUCAUUCCUUACAAGGGAACCUUCGGAGAGAGCUUUGUCCAGGGGCAUGUAGUGAAGGUGGACACAGAUGCAAGGGUCGUUGUUUUGGGUGAUGGACAGGAAGUGUGUUAUACACACCUCAUCCUGUGCACUGGAACAGAUGGUCCUUUUCCUGGAAGUUUCAAUACAAUCGCCCCCUACCAAGCAGCCAUCGAAGCUUAUGAGAAUUUGGUCAAAGAGAUCCAGUCUGCUGACUCUGUGGUGGUGGUCGGUGGUGGUUCUACUGGUGUAGAGAUGGCCGCUGAGGUCAAAACAGAAUAUCCUGACAAGAAGGUGAUCCUGAUUCACCCCCACAUUGCCUUGGCUGAUGCAGAGCUCCUCCCCAGCGUGAGGGAGCAGGCCAAAGAGGUACUGUUGGAGAAAGGGGUGGAGCUUGUGUUAGGACAGAAGGUUGCCAACCUGCAGGAUCUGAAGUUAAACGUGACCCAGAAGGACAUAGUCGUCACUACGGAUAAAGGCACCGAGCUCAAAGCCGAUCUCGUCAUCUGUUGCGCGGGGAACAAGAUCAACUCGGGAGCAUACAGCGCCACAAUGAGUGAAUGCCUCGCUGGGAACGGAGCCUUGAAGGUGAACGAGAACCUUCAGGUGAGGGGUUUCGACAGGAUUUAUGCGCUCGGGGAUUGUACCAACGUACAGGAGCCCAAGACGGCGUACAACGCGGGGCUCCAUGCCGGGGUCGCGGUCACAAACAUCAUCAACAGCAUCACCGGAAAGCCUCUGGUCUCAUACCAAACAGGUAAUGUGACCAUGUUGCUGGCCAUGGGGUAUGAUGAUGGGGUGGGGCAGUUCAACGGCUACAGGCUGCCCCGUUUCCUCGUGGCUCAAGGCAAAAGCAAAGGCCUGCUCCUGUGGAAGAGUUGGAAGGACAUGGGACAGACGUCCCCGUAGGAUGGGGCUGCCUGAAGAAGUUGUGUCAAUGUCCGUCCACACCUGUGCCUAUGAACCGUCCUGUCUUCACAGCUCAAGUGCUGACUGACUUUCUUUUCAGGGGAAACGGUGCCUUUGAAGAUACCAUCGCUAGAUGAACGAUAAUAUUGUCAUAAUAAGAGACGACAUCCCGAUAUAGUCAGGCCUUUCAUGUUCUACCAUCUUAUUUACAGGUGGAGUACUCCACCCUUUAAUUCUUCCAACAACAUACCUCAUGUGUGAUUAAUCUAUUAUCUAUUAAUGCUUUCUACCAUCAUUUAUCACGUUAGUUUACAUUCUAUAUUGGUACCGUAAUAAGCUAUGGGAAGAUGUAUCUGCCAAUAUCUAUGGUUUUCCAAAUGUGCUAUGUCCUGUAUGCAAAAAGAGGAAUAUAACGCAAUAUUUUCAAUAUGGUUUAUAUGAGAUUUCUAUUGAAUGAUAUAUAAAAUAGUUACUCUUAAUAAAUGUUUCACAAAA